CUCGUUUACACAACCACCAUGGUAUUCGCUCAUUACAUAGCAGCGGCAUUCACCGUCGCCGCCUUGGCCGGUACCCCCGCUGCAAUCGAUCUCGACAUCACCGACGAACAAUCCAUCAAAGAUGCUGCCGCCACAGCCGCCUUUAACGCCAUGUCCUACUACACCGGCAACCAGACCGGCCAAAUCCCCGGAUACAUCAACAACACCUGGUGGGAAGGCAGCGUGCUCUUCGACACCAUGAUCCGAUACUGGUACUUCACCGACGACGCAUCCAACAACGCCGCCGUCAGCCAAGGCAUGUACCACCAACGUGGCGCCGGGAACAACUAUAUGCCGAGCAACUGGUCUUCAUACAUGGGUAAUGACGACCAGGUAUCCUGGGGCCUCGCCGCCAUGACUGCGGCAGAGCUGAACUACCCGGAGGACGCUGGAAUGCCGUCGUGGGUGGAUCUAGCGGAGCGGGUAUUCGAUGUGCAAUCCGCCCGCUGGGACAACAGCACCUGCGAGGGUGGUCUUCGGUGGCAGAUUUGGCCUUACCAAGCCGGAUACACAAUGAAGAACGCUAUGAGCAAUGGGGGUUUGUUCCAACUCGCUGCGCGGUUGGCUCGGUAUACCAACAACCAGACCUAUGUCGAUUGGGCAAACACAAUCUGGGAUUGGAGUACCCUAAUUCUAGUCAAUCAGGAAAGUUGGAAUGUCGCUGAUAGUACUGAUGCGGCAAACGGUUGUACGAACCUCGGUAACAAUCAGUGGUCGUAUAACUACGCGGUGUAUCUGAGUGGCGCGGCAUAUAUGUACAACUACACAAACGGAGAGACCACGCAAUGGAAGACAGCCUUGGAUGGGUUGUUGAACAGUACCUUAGAAACAUUCUUCCCCGCUAAGUUCGGCGGUGAGAUCAUGUCUGAGGUGCUUUGUGAACCCGCGAACGUCUGUAACGACAACGAGAUAACUUUCAAGGGUCUUCUGGCAGAAAGUCUCACCUUCACCAGCAUGCUUGCGCCAUAUACAUCAUCCGACAUUCUCCCGCGCCUACAAGGCUCGGCUGUUGGCGCUGCGAAGCAAUGCAGUGGCGGAAGUAGUAACACAACUUGUGGACAGCACUGGUACAAAUCGAGCUGGGAUGGCACGGAGGGCAUUGAGGAGGAAAUGAGCGCAACGAGCAUCUUCACGUCCAACCUGGCGGCGUAUAAGCAUCUGUCUCCGGCUACGAAGACUACGGCGACAAAUACGACCUCCUCAGCUGGUACGGAAACUGGAAAUGGAACGACUACUACCAGCACGGCAGCGGGAAGCAACAGUGUUGUCCCGACAAACGGUGCCAAUUCUCUGCCUUGCGGACCCUUUGGUGUUGCUGUUGCUAUUGUCGCGGGCGCUUUUGCCAUUGCUUGAGUGGUUAAGCCUAGCUUACAUAGCUAGACGCGAUUACUCGAUUCCAGCGCAGUCAGCGCACUCUUACCGGGCUAUAUAACUUGCAUAGGUGGAAGCCUUAUAUAUCUCCUUUAUUAUAUUGUAAUAAUACAUCUG